AUGAAGAAUAAGCAAGACGAACAAUUAAUGGAUAGUCUAAAGAGUUUUAUCACCUCUAUUGGAAUCCGUCAGAAAAGUACUGAGAAAACUAGAGAUAAAACUAUUGAUGUGCUAAGAUCAACUCCCAAAUGAUAUGGUGAUACUCAGAGGAAGCAAAAGCUUACAAAGUUUAUAAACAACCUUAUGAAGUCGAAUGAAUCAAGUUCAGAAAAUAAAAAUAAGCUAGCAUCUAAAUUUGGGUGAAGGAAAAGGUCAAAUAUCGAUUCUGUAUACUUUAAUAAGCUAGCUGGUCAAGAAAUUGUAGCCUUUAUGCCUAUUAUGCUUGAAGAGCAGCAAAGGAAUUAUUUUCAGAGAAGGAAGCAUUCAAAAUAACGUGAAGCAACCUCCAAUGGGCAGACCUAAAAUCAUAAAAACAGCUAAGUGCAACCUAUUAAAGCAGUUAAAAGCAAGGUCGAAGUUGUGGAUAGUAACAAGAUGUUGAUCAAUAAUUGGCAUUUCUAACAAAUAAUUUUCUAGUCUUAAUUAUUGAAGCAGAAUCCGCCCAAACUUACUCCCAAAGAUUAGAAAAUAACUCGAAAAAUAAUGCAAUGCCAUCUAAAAGGAAAGUAUAUAAUCGAAGAAUACUCCAAAACACACCAUUAAAAUCAAAGGUUUUUAUGAAUUCACAAUUAAGCACUCCUUUGGUUAGCACGAAUCAAAAAGCUUUGAAGAAUCAUUGGGGCAUCAACAAAACCGCCAAAAGAACCUAUGCUAGUCCGGGCAAUGAGACUUAUAUUAUCAGAAGAGUUGAAUUAUUUGAUAGAAACGAUAAAUGAAAAUCAGAGAUUAGAAAGCAGCCUAACACUAUUAUCCAAGUUCAACUUUCUUCAAAUAGACAAAAGCUGACCCAGCAAAUAGACUUUAGUGAUGAACCUCUGAGGCAAAAAUUGCUUUCAUUAACAAAGGAUGGAUUAGAGGAAACUCCGUUUGGCUAUAGUCCAGAUUAAUAAAUAUUAAACCAAUCAC